AUGAAGUAUUCCGUAUUCAUUGGUUUGUUAAGUUUAUUUACAUUUCUGUUAGCUUUUUCUGAUUUGACUGGUACAAUUAAACUCAAUGGUAGGAAAAUCACUUUUGGCGAAAUCAACACCCAAGAAGUUAAACAGUUAUCAAUUGAAUCACCAAAAGAUGUUCUCGAAAUUAAAUUGAAGAGUAAAGAUGUCGAUGGCAAACCCGAACAAAUUUGGGUUAGCUUAGCUGAUGCUGAUGAUCAAAGUAUUGUAAAACAUUAUGUUCCUACUGUUAAGAAAUCUGAUAUCACUGCUAACAUCAAAGCAUCAACACUUCCAGAUGUUUUGAAAUCAAAAGAUAAAUUGGUUUUAAGUAUUGUAAUUGCUGAUUCCAAGUCUAAAGAUAACUUAUUGAGAAGAUUGGUAGAAAUUUUGCCAAGUGAAGAAUUCCAAGCCACUAGUAAAUAUCAACAAAAGCCUAGAAUUGGUAUUCAACCAGAAAUCCAUCACGUUUUCAGAGGAGAUGAAAAAACUGUUAAUCCACUUAUUCCGGUUGUUUUUAUUGGUAUUGCUCUCACUUUAUUUGUUGGAUUAGUAGGUGCCUGGUUUGGUUUCAUUGGUGUUAACAAUUUGUUCAGAACUUUCAAAACUAUUACAACGACACAAUUGUUAUAUAAUGUCAGCUUUUUAAUUUCCCUUGUUGGUUUUGAAUUGAACUUCUAUAAAUACUAUUUGGGUCAAUCAAUUUUCACAACUUUGUUUUACGGAUUCAUUUUAAGUAUUCCAUGUGUUUAUUUUGGUGUUAGUGUUUUGAGAAGUUUAGCUACAAAUCGUGCUUUGGGUAAGCAAUAA